CCCACAUCCUCCCUGUUAAAGCAUUGCCCUCCCUCCAAUAAAGGCAGCCGGGGAGGCACCACCUUCAGCCCUCUCGUUAGAAGACACGGAGGCUGCGGCGCUCCUCUCCUGGCUCCCCUCCUACCUGUGCGAGGGAGGUUAGGCUGACGCCUUCUAGAGACAAAUCUUGUUAAACUUUCAAGGGAGGGCACCGGGAGGGAAAGGAGAAAGGCAGGAGGAGAGAAAGAAACAAAUGGGGCAUUUUCUAAUCUGUGCUGAUCAAGGAGAACCUGUAGGGGUCCUUAAGGAGGUUUCAAGACGUUCCGAGUGAUUGGAAAGUAAUCACCGUGUCAGCUUCACCUUUCUCAUGCAAAGUGGAUGUCGUAUGCGAGGCGGACCCUGUGCAGGUUUUGAUUUUUUUUAUUCUACUUCAUCCUCGGCCUCAGCCGCCCCCUGAGCAGCCGGGCUGCUCCAGCCGGGCCAUCGCCGCCGAUGUGGGGGGAGCGGAGCGGGGCGCCCCCAGGCAGGCGCGGAGCCGGCCCUUUGCAGAGCCAGCCCCGGGCCCCCCCUGUUCGAUAGUUUAGAGAUUUCCUCCUCCUUUACUCCACGCUCGGACACGACCAUCCCUACCUCUCGGCGAGAAAGCGCGGAUCUGGGAGAGGCAAAGCCCCGAGGGACCCGCCCGGGACAGGGGCGGUGAGCGGCUCUGAGUGCUCGAACCAGGACGAGGAGGAGGAGGAAGGGCGGUGGAAAAACGGACCGCAAAAGUGGAAGCCCGGGGACAAGAAAGUUGACGGGCUCCCCGCAGUAAGUUUGGCGCAGCUGAGGACUGGGGGCGCUGCUCCCCGUGCCGCCCGGUCGCGGCGUUCCCCGGCCGCCCCUCCGCGCUGCCUCCGGGGCUGCGGUCGGGGUCGGGGCCGGGCGGUACUCGCUGCCCCCGGCCCGGGCUAUGCUGAGGUCCGCGCUGCCCUGCCCCGCCGCCCGGCUCCCUCGCGAAGGCCGGGGGCCGUCCCGGGCCGGGCAGCAGCCGGGCGGCCGCUGAAGUGGCUGCCGCCCCCCCGGCCCCCUUCCCGGCCGCCCUAGUGCCAGGCGCCCUCCGGAGGGAGCCGCGUUCCGGCCGCCCCCGCGGCAGCAUGGGGCCGGGGGCCCGGAGCUUGUUGCGGGCCGUGCUGGUGCUGUGCUGCCUGAGCGGCUCCUGCGCCGGGAUAAGCUCCAUCGACAUCGACCGGCCUGGCGACGGGAGGUGCCAGCCCAUAGAAAUCCCCAUGUGCAAGGAUAUAGGGUACAACAUGACGAGGAUGCCGAACCUGAUGGGACACGAGAACCAGAGGGAAGCUGCCAUCCAGCUGCACGAGUUUGCCCCCUUGGUGGAGUAUGGCUGCCACAGCCAUCUGAAGUUUUUCCUCUGCUCCCUUUAUGCCCCUAUGUGCACGGAGCAAGUUUCUACACCGAUCCCAGCCUGCAGGGUCAUGUGCGAGCAGGCGAGGCUGAAAUGCUCUCCCAUUAUGGAGCAGUUCAAUUUUAAGUGGCCAGACUCCUUAGACUGCAGCAAACUGCCCAACAAGAAUGACCCCAAUUACCUGUGCAUGGAAGCCCCCAACAAUGGAUCGGACGAGCCACCCAGAGGAUCCAGCAUGCUGCCGCCCAUGUUCCGGCCACAGCGGCCCAGUGGUGGCCAUGACCUGCAGCAGCACAAGGACAGCCUGAGCAGAACCUCCUGUGAAAACCCCGGCAAGUUCCACCAUGUGGAAAAGAGUGCUUCCUGCGCACCGCUCUGCACCCCAGGGGUUGAUGUUUACUGGAGCUGGGAUGACAAGCAGUUUGCUGUCAUUUGGAUUGCCAUCUGGUCCAUUCUGUGCUUCUUCUCCAGUGCUUUUACUGUACUCACAUUUCUGAUAGAUCCACAGCGUUUCAAGUACCCCGAGAGGCCCAUUAUCUUCCUGUCUAUGUGCUACUGUGUCUACUCGGUGGGGUACAUUAUUCGCCUCUUUUCAGGUGCUGAAAGCAUCGCCUGUGAUAAGGACAGCGGCCAGCUCUAUGUCAUCCAGGAAGGACUGGAGAGCACUGGCUGCACCAUUGUGUUCCUGGUUCUGUAUUACUUUGGUAUGGCGAGCUCCUUGUGGUGGGUAAUCUUGACUUUAACUUGGUUUCUGGCGGCUGGGAAAAAAUGGGGGCACGAAGCAAUUGAAGCAAACAGUAGCUACUUUCAUUUGGCAGCCUGGGCCAUACCGGCUGUGAAGACCAUAAUGAUCCUGGUUAUGAGAAGGGUGGCUGGAGAUGAGCUGACAGGGUUGUGCUAUGUUGGAAGCAUGGAUGUGAAUGCCUUGACUGGGUUUGUACUCAUUCCUUUGGCUUGUUAUCUAAUCAUUGGCACUUCUUUUAUUCUUUCUGGGUUUGUGGCCCUUUUUCAUAUCAGGAGGGUGAUGAAAACAGGUGGAGAAAAUACUGACAAGUUGGAGAAGCUGAUGGUCAGGAUUGGUGUCUUCUCAGUCUUGUAUACAGUGCCUGCAACUUGCGUGAUAGCUUGCUAUUUUUAUGAAAGACUUAAUAUGGAUUAUUGGAAAAUUGUGGCAACUCAACAGAAAUGCAAGAUGAACAAUCAGACUAAAAACUUGGACUGCACAAUGAAUAAUUCUAUUCCAGCAGUAGAAAUUUUCAUGGUCAAAAUUUUUAUGUUAUUAGUCGUGGGCAUUACUAGUGGUAUGUGGAUCUGGACUUCCAAGACUCUUCAGUCCUGGCAAAAUGUUUGUAGUCGAAGAUUAAAGAAGAGAAGUAGGAGAAAACCUGCAAGUGUUAUUACAAGUAGUGGAAUCUACAAAAAACCUCAACAUCCACAGAAAUCUCACCUUGCAAAAUAUGAAUCAACGUUACAACCACCCACUUGUGUAUGAAUAUUUUUUAGACAAGAUUACGUCUCACCUUACAGACUUAUAAAUGUCCACAGUAUCAGCCAGAAAUUAAAAAAUAAAUGGUGCUUUUUUUUUUUUUUUUUGUCAGAGGACAGUUUAAUAUCUCAAGGCAAAAAACGUGUCAUGCUGAAUUCAGGACCUGGUAAAAUACUGAAGGUAAAUAUACUUAUGGAAAGGUUUUCAGUGAAAGAAAUAUUGUGAAUUAAAGCAGGCUUUUCUGUUAUUAAUUGUAGUUAAGUACUUCAUCCAUCUGUCAGAUGUUUAAAAGAAAAAAAGCCCAACAACAAAACAAACAAAACACCCUGUUUAACUUUUGUUGUGUAGCUGAGCUGGAUUUCCUACAGGUUUCUGAGUAACAAGGUACAGCAAAGUCUCAUGGAGCAAAGAUAUUCUUUGAAAAGUGCCGAAGUGCUCAUUGUCCUCUAAGGUCCCCAAGAGGCCUGUCCUCAGAAAGCAGGCGAUCUCUGAAAGCAACUUCCAUGCUAACUUUGAGAGAGGGAGAGAGAGAGAAAUCCUUUACAAUUCAUCUCAGCUUAGUGGGUUUGCAGUGCCUAAAAAUAGGUUCAAUCUAUAAUGCUCACCAAUAUUCUUUCACUAAAAGAGAAACUUCCUGCACCAGACACAAACUUUAUGAAUAAGAAUAAUGUGCAAUACAUUUUUUUUCUUACCAUGACAUGAAAAGAGAAACAAGUAUUUUGCUGUACAUAAAGACAACAAAAGAAAUCUCUUAACAAAAGAACUAAGAGGUCUAGUCCUCAGAAACCCUUUAGUGUUACAUUUUGUGGCUUUUUAAUGGAAAUCAAGCCAAUGUUAUACACGUUUGGACUGAUUUGUGCAAAAAAAAAGGGGGUGGGUGGGGAGGUCAAUUCAAAGAGACCCAAAGGGCUUAUUGACUCUUUCUAUUGUUAAACAAAUUCUAACUAUGAAUAGAUCAAGAAGCACUAGAUUCUGCAAAGGGAAGCUUUGUAUAGAAUGAUGCUCUUUACUGUGCUGGGGGUGCGCAGUUUUGGCUGUAUAUAUUUGUAAUAUACAAUUAUUUUUCAUGCUCCACUAUUUUAUUAAAAAUAAAAUAUGUUCUUUAGUUUGAUAA